GUCGGCCUGUGGGCAGCUCCCUGCCGCCUGAGUCGGUGAGGCUGCCGCCGCGUCUGCGUGUACUGCAGGUACGCUACAUGCCGGACAUUGCCGUACUCGCCGCGCUAGCCGCCCUGCCGUACUUCACCCGGCUGGAUUGUACGGCAGUACGACACCCCAGGGGCGAGAUCUGCUUGGAUCUGGGCUCUAUCGGUCUGCCGGGGCCUCCCGACCUUUCUGCAGCUGCUGCUGCUACUGCUGCGGGUAGCCCCACCACCACUGCCAUAACCGCUACUCCUGGCAAUGUCCGUAAUGGCCGCGGCCCUUUAACCUCCUCCGUCGCCGCCGGCCCUGCAUCCACAUCCGCAUCCGCAGCAGCAGCCGCACUUUCCUC